AUGGGGCCGGGGACCCGGGGCCGCCGCCGCCGCCGUCGCCCGAUGUCGCCGCCACCACUGCCGCCCGUGCGGGCGCUGCCCCUGUUGCUACUGCUAGCGGGGCCCGGGGCUGCAGCACCUCCUUGCCUGGAUGGAAGCCCGUGUAUGAAUGGAGGUCGCUGCACCCAGCUGCCCUCCCGGGAGGCUGCCUGCCUGUGCCCUCCAGGUUGGGUGGGUGAGCGAUGCCAGCUGGAAGACCCCUGCCAUUCGGGUCCCUGUGCUGGCCGGGGCGUCUGCCAGAGCUCCGUGGUGGCAGGCACCGCCCGGUUCUCCUGCCGUUGCCCCCGUGGCUUCCGAGGUCCCGACUGUUCCCUGCCGGACCCCUGCCUCAGCAGCCCCUGUACCCAUGGUGCCCGUUGCUCGGUGGGGCCCGAUGGCCGGUACAUCUGCUCCUGCCCGCCUGGCUACCAGGGCCGCAGCUGCCGAAGCGAUGUGGAUGAGUGCCGGGUGGGAGGGCCCUGCCGCCACGGUGGCACCUGCCUCAACACGCCUGGUUCUUUCCGUUGCCAGUGCCCAGCUGGCUACACGGGGCCACUGUGUGAGAACGCUGCCGUGCCCUGUGCCCCCUCACCGUGCCGUAACGGGGGCACAUGCAGACAGAGUGGCGAUCUCACCUAUGACUGUGCCUGCCUUCCUGGGUUCGAGGGCCAGAACUGUGAAGUCAAUGUGGACGACUGUCCAGGGCACCGAUGUCUAAAUGGGGGGACAUGUGUGGAUGGCGUGAACACCUACAACUGCCAGUGCCCUCCUGAAUGGACAGGCCAAUUCUGCACGGAGGAUGUGGAUGAAUGUCAGUUGCAGCCCAACGCUUGCCACAAUGGGGGCACCUGCUUCAACACUCUGGGUGGCCACAGCUGUGUGUGUGUCAAUGGCUGGACCGGCGAGAGCUGCAGUCAGAAUAUCGAUGACUGUGCCACGGCUGUGUGCUUCCAUGGGGCCACCUGCCAUGACCGUGUGGCCUCGUUCUACUGUGCCUGUCCCAUGGGCAAGACUGGGCUUCUAUGUCACCUGGAUGACGCCUGCGUCAGCAACCCCUGUCAUGAGGAUGCUAUCUGUGACACGAACCCCGUGAAUGGCCGGGCCAUCUGCACCUGUCCACCAGGCUUCACUGGCGGAGCGUGUGACCAGGAUGUGGAUGAGUGCUCUAUUGGCGCCAACCCAUGUGAACACCUCGGCCGGUGCGUGAACACACAGGGCUCCUUCCUGUGCCAGUGUGGUCGUGGCUAUACUGGCCCGCGCUGUGAGACUGAUGUCAACGAGUGCCUAUCCGGGCCCUGCCGCAACCAGGCCACAUGCCUCGAUCGCAUAGGCCAGUUCACCUGCAUCUGCAUGGCAGGCUUUACAGGCACCUAUUGUGAGGUGGACAUGGAUGAGUGUCAGAGCAGCCCGUGUGUCAAUGGUGGGGUCUGCAAGGACAGAGUCAACGGCUUCAGCUGCACCUGCCCCUCGGGCUUCAGUGGGGCCAUGUGUCAGCUGGAUGUGGAUGAGUGCGCCAGCACACCCUGCCGGAAUGGAGCCAAGUGUGUGGACCAGCCUGAUGGCUAUGAAUGCCGCUGCGCAGAGGGCUUUGAGGGCACGCUGUGUGAGCGCAACGUGGAUGACUGCUCCCCGGACCCGUGCCACCAUGGGCGUUGUGUGGACGGCAUUGCCAGCUUCUCGUGCGCCUGCGCCCCAGGAUACACAGGCACACGCUGUGAGAGCCAGGUGGACGAGUGCCGCAGCCAGCCCUGCCGCCACGGAGGCAAAUGUCUAGACUUGGUGGACAAAUAUCUCUGCCGCUGCCCUCCUGGCACCACAGGAGUGAACUGCGAGGUGAACAUUGAUGAUUGUGCCAGCAACCCCUGCACCUUUGGAGUCUGCCGUGAUGGCAUCAACCGCUAUGACUGUGUCUGCCAGCCUGGCUUUACAGGGCCCCUUUGCAACGUGGAGAUCAACGAGUGUGCGUCCAGUCCGUGUGGUGACGGAGGCUCCUGUGUGGAUGGGGAAAAUGGUUUCCGCUGCCUCUGCCCUCCUGGCUCCCUGCCCCCACUCUGCCUCCCCGCGAGCCAUCCCUGUGCCCAAGAUCCUUGCAGUCACGGUGUCUGCCACGAUGCGCCUGGAGGGUUCCGCUGUGUGUGUGAGCCUGGCUGGAGUGGUCCCCGAUGCAGCCAGAGCCUGGCUCGAGAUGCCUGUGAAUCCCAGCCCUGCCGGUCUGGUGGCACCUGCACCAGUGAUGGAAUGGGCUUCCACUGUACCUGUCCCCCUGGUGUACAGGGUCAUCAGUGUGAGCUGCUGUCCCCCUGUGCCCCGAACCCCUGUGAGCACGGGGGCCACUGUGAGCCUGUCCCUGGCCAGCUGCCUGUCUGCUCCUGCCCCCCUGGCUGGCAAGGCCCACGAUGCCAGCAGGAUGUGGAUGAGUGUGCUGGCCCCUCCCGCUGUGGCUCCCACGGUACCUGCACCAACUUGGAGGGGAGUUUCAGCUGUACCUGCCACAGGGGGUAUAGUGGGCCUUCCUGUGACCAGGACAUCGAUGACUGUGACCCCAACCCCUGCCUGAAUGGUGGCUCCUGUCAGGAUGGCCUGGGCUCCUUUUCGUGCUCCUGCCUUCCUGGUUUCGCUGGUCCCCGCUGUGCCCGAGAUGUGGACGAGUGUCUGAGCAGCCCCUGUGGCCCAGGCACAUGCACUGACCACGUGGCCUCUUUUACCUGCACCUGUCCACCUGGUUAUGGAGGUUUCCACUGUGAGCAGGAUCUACCAGACUGCAGCCCCAGCUCCUGCUUCCACGGUGGGACCUGCGUGGAUGGCGUGAACUCGUUCAGCUGCCAGUGCCGUCCGGGCUACUCGGGCGCACACUGCCAGCACGAGGCUGACCCCUGCCUCUCUCGGCCCUGUCUGCAUGGGGGCGUCUGCAGUGCUGCCCACCCUGGCUUCCGCUGCACCUGCCCGGAGGGCUUCACUGGAGCGCAGUGCCAGACGCUGGUAGACUGGUGCAGCCGCACGCCCUGUCAGAACGGGGGUCGCUGUGCACGGACCGGGGCCACCUUCUACUGCCUUUGUCCCCCGGGGUGGAGCGGCCGCCUCUGUGACAUCCGGAGUCUGCCCUGCAGGGAGGCCGCAGCCCAGAUGGGGGUGCGGCUGGAAGAGCUGUGUCAGACAGGUGGGCAGUGCGUGGACAAGGACAAUUCCCACUACUGCGUGUGCCCAAAAGGCCGCACGGGCAGCCACUGUGAGCAGGAGGUGGACCCCUGCUUGGGCCAGCCCUGCCAGCAUGGGGGCACCUGCCGAGGCUACAUGGGGGGUUAUGUGUGUGAGUGUCCAGCUGGCUACACAGGGGACAGCUGUGAGGAUGAUGUGGAUGAGUGUGCCUCCCAGCCCUGCCAGCAUGGGGGCUUCUGCAUCGACCUUGUGGCCCGUUAUCUUUGCUCCUGCCCCCCAGGAACACUGGGCGUGCUCUGUGAGAUUAAUGAGGACGACUGUGGCCCAGGCCCACCCCUGGACCAGGGCCCCCGGUGCCUGCACAAUGGUACCUGCGUGGACCUGGUGGGGGGCUUCCGCUGCACCUGCCCCCCCGGGUACACUGGUUUGCGCUGUGAGGCGGACAUCAAUGAGUGUCACCCGGGUGCCUGCCACGAUGUACACACUCGGGAUUGUCUGCAGGAUCCAGGUGGGGGCUUCCGCUGCAUUUGCCGUCCAGGCUUCACAGGUCCCCGAUGUCAGACUGCCCUGUUUCCGUGCGAGUCCCAGCCCUGCCAGCAUGGAGGCCAGUGCCGUCCCAGCCCAGGCCCUGGGGGUGUGCUGACAUUUACCUGUCACUGCAUUCCGCCGUUUUGGGGCCCGCGUUGCGAGCGGGUGGCGCGCUCCUGCCGGGAGCUGCAGUGCCCGGCCGGCGUCCCGUGCCAGCAGACGGUCCGUGGGCCGCGCUGCGCUUGUCCCCCAGGACUAUCCGGGCCCGCCUGCCGGGGCGCGCGGGGGUCGCCGCCGGGGGCCUCCAACGCCAGCUGCGUGGCCUCCCCGUGCCUCCACGGGGGCUCCUGCCGCCCCGCGCCGCUCGCACCCUUCUUCCGCUGCGCGUGCGCGCCGGGCUGGGCCGGACCAAGGUGCGAGGCGCCCGCGGCGGCGCCCGAGGCCCCGGAGGAGCCCCUGUGCCCGAGCGCCGCCUGCGAGGCCAAGAGCGGGGACAAGCGCUGCGACCGCGAGUGCAACAGCCGGGGCUGCGGCUGGGACGGCGGCGACUGCUCGCUGAGCGUGGGCGACCCCUGGCGGCAGUGCGCGGCGCUGCAGUGCUGGCGCCUCUUCAACAACAGCCGCUGCGACCCUGCCUGCAGCUCGCCCGCCUGCCUCUACGACAACUUCGAUUGCCGCGCCGGCGGCCGCGAGCGCACCUGCAACCCCGUGUACGAGAAGUACUGUGCGGACCACUUUGCUGAUGGCCGCUGCGACCAGGGCUGCAACACGGAGGAGUGCGGCUGGGAUGGGCUGGACUGUGCGGGUGAGGUGCCCGCCCUGCUGGCCCGCGGCGUGCUGGUGCUCACCGUGCUGCUCCCGCCCGAGGAGCUGCUGCGCUCCAGCGCCGACUUCUUGCAGCGGCUCAGCGGCAUCCUGCGCACCUCGCUGCGCUUCCGCCUGGAUGAGAACGGCCAGGCCAUGGUCUUCCCUUACCAUAGGCCGGGUCCUGGCUCCGAGUCCCGGAACCGGCGCGAGCUGGCCCCGGAGGUGAUCGGCUCUGUGGUGAUGCUGGAGAUCGACAACCGGCUGUGCCUGCAGUCGCCUGAGAAUGACCACUGCUUCCCCGAUGCCCAGAGCGCGGCCGACUACCUGGGAGCGCUGUCGGCCGUGGAGCGCCUGGACUUCCCCUACCCGCUGCGGGCUGUGCGGGGGGAGCCGCUGGAGCUGCCGGAGCCAAGUGUGCCGUUGCUUCCCUUGCUGGCUGCAAGCGCGGUCUUCCUGCUGGUCAUCCUCGUCCUGGGGGUCAUGGUGGCCCGCCGCAAGCGUGAGCACAGCACCCUGUGGUUCCCCGAGGGCUUCGCGCUCCACAAGGAUGUGGCUGCUGGCCACAAGGGCCGGCGGGAGCCUGUGGGCCAAGACGCACUGGGCAUGAAGAACAUGGCCAAGAGCGAGAGUCUGAUGGGGGAGGUGGCCACAGACUGGAUGGAUACGGAGUGCCCAGAGGCUAAGCGACUGAAGGUAGAGGAGCCCGGUGUGGGGGCCGAGGAUACUGUGGAUUGCCGCCAAUGGACCCAACACCACCUGGUUGCUGCCGACAUCCGUGUGGCGCCGGCCAUGGCGUUGACACCCCCGCAGGGCGAUGUGGAUGCCGAUGGCAUGGAUGUCAAUGUGCGAGGCCCAGAUGGCUUCACCCCACUGAUGCUGGCCUCCUUCUGUGGGGGGGCCCUGGAGCCAGUGCCCACCGAGGAGGAUGAGGCAGAAGACACAUCAGCCAGCAUCAUCUCAGACUUGAUCUGUCAGGGAGCCCAGCUUGGGGCACGGACUGACCGCACAGGCGAGACAGCCCUGCACCUGGCUGCCCGCUAUGCCCGGGCUGAUGCAGCCAAGCGGCUGCUGGAUGCGGGGGCAGACACCAAUGCCCAGGACCACUCAGGGCGCACUCCUUUGCACACUGCUGUCACUGCGGAUGCCCAGGGUGUCUUCCAGAUUCUCAUCCGGAACCGCUCCACAGACCUGGAUGCCCGCAUGGCAGAUGGCUCCACGGCCCUGAUCCUGGCAGCCCGCCUGGCGGUGGAGGGCAUGGUGGAAGAGCUCAUUGCCAGCCACGCUGAUGUCAAUGCCGUGGAUGAGCUCGGGAAAUCAGCCUUACACUGGGCAGCAGCGGUCAACAAUGUGGACGCCACCUUGGCCCUGCUCAAAAAUGGAGCCAACAAGGACAUGCAGGAUAGCAAGGAGGAGACUCCAUUGUUUCUGGCCGCCCGGGAGGGCAGCUACGAGGCUGCUAAGCUGCUGCUGGACCACUUUGCCAACCGUGAGAUCACAGACCACCUGGACAGGCUGCCGCGGGAUGUGGCCCAGGAGCGGCUGCACCAGGACAUCGUGCGCCUGCUGGACCAGCCCAGUGGGCCCCGCAGCCCUCAUGGCCCACAUGGCCUGGGGCCCCUCCUCUGCCCCCCAGGGGCCUUCCUUCCUGGCCUCAAGGUGGCACAGUCAGGGGGCAAGAAGAGCCGGAGGCCACCAGGGAAGGCGGGGCUGGGGCCACAGGGCACCCGGGGACGGGGCAAGAAGCUGACGCUGGCCUGUCCGGGUCCCCUGGCCGAGAGCUCGGUCACACUGUCGCCGGUGGACUCGCUGGACUCCCCGCGGCCCUUCGGUGGGCCCCCUGCGUCCCCCGGCGGCUUCUCCCUCGAAGGGCCCUAUGCAGCAGCCACUGCCACGGCCGUGUCCCUGGCUCAGCUUGGUGGUGCGGGCCGGGCGGGUCUAGGGCGCCAGCCCCCCGGGGGCUGCGUGCUCAGCUUGGGUCUACUGAACCCCGUGGCCGUUCCCCUCGACUGGGCACGGCUGCCUCCACCUGCCCCGCCAGGCCCCUCGUUCCUGCUGCCGCUGGCGCCGGGGCCCCAGCUGCUGAAUCCUGGGACCCCCGUGUCCCCCCAGGAACGGCCCCCGCCCUAUCUGGCGGCUGCGGGACAUGGCGAAGAGUACCCGGCAGCUGGCACCCAUGGCAGCCCCCCCAAGGCCCGCUUCCUGAGGGUCCCGAGUGAGCACCCUUACCUGACCCCGUCCCCCGAGUCCCCGGAGCACUGGGCCAGCCCCUCGCCUCCCUCGCUCUCGGACUGGUCGGACUCCACGCCCAGCCCAGCCACUGCCACGGGGCCUACGGCCACAGCCGCUGGGGCGCUGCCUGCCCAGCCGCUCCCCCUUUCCGUCCCAGGCCCCCUAGCUCAGGCCCAGACCCAGCUGGGGCCCCAGCCAGAAGUCACCCCCAAGAGGCAGGUGUUGGCCUGAAGGCUCUUCAGUUCCUGGAUUUUGGGGGGCCAAACAGACAUCCCAUCCUGACUCUCACUCUCUUUCUUUUUUAGACCUUUCCAUUCUCUUCUCUCUUCCCCUACCCUCCUGAAGCCCCCCACCCCCCCUGAAGCUGACUGAGAUGGGUCACCAGCCUAGGCUUUUUCAGUCCUCCUUUAUUUAUACGGGGUGUGUGCUGACCCCCGCCCUCUGGGCCUUGUGAAGAGCCUGGGACCUCCUCCUGUAUCCCCCUCUUCCCCAUUCUUCCUCCCCGCCUUCCCUUCCCGCCCUCUCUGGUCUCUGUCCUUACACUCUGACACGAGUGGAUUAUUAUUA